UCUUAUGCGGCUUCCGUAGAGAAAACAGGAAGUGUUCUUGUGUGAACGUGUUGAAUAAACGAGACAUGGCAGAGCAACACAGUCGUUUGGUUUUACCAUCUGUCUCGACGAGUAAAACAGUCUCUUGCCGUUCCUCAAGAAUGGUAUAACAAGUAAUUUUCCCAAUAAAAAGUCGAAGGGCUGUGGGCUGGAUGGAUAGGAUUGGUGGACGGAAGUCUCUGAUGCGCAUGCAUAUUGGCCACUCUGGCUCAAUGAGCUUGCGCAGUAUGCGUUCACCCAGUCAAAUUCUUUAACGCGGGAAGCAACCUUCUUAUUAAAUGGGCCAGUGGCUGUAUUUAGAGCAACCAUGGUCAGUGGGCCGCUUUCAAAAAUAUGAACAAGGCCCCGCCUUUGACUCUCUAUCCAGUUACGCUUAAGGAAAACACACAGCUGUGCCCGCGAAACAUCAGUCGUUUUGUUUAAGUCGGUGAAGGAAAUCAAGGCGUCCUUCGAAACAAAUGUUUCCGUCUUUGUAAGAUAAGGGGUUCAGAUCACAUUGGUUCACUAUGUUGAUGAGCCCAGAACAUGAAGCCCUGAUCAGCCAAGUAUUUGAAAGCUAUCUCAAAGAAUAUCAUCAUGGGGACAUUCUCCAGCUUAUUGCAGAUACCACUGAAGAGACCCAUCACCCCGUUGUUAUUAAUGCCAUGACAUUGUUUGAAGCCAAUAUGGAGGUUGGCGACUAUUUCAACGCCUAUCCCAAUGAUGUCCUGGCUAUAUUUGACAAAGUCUUACUCAAAACAGUCGCUGAGAUAUCACAGAGUGCUUCUCCUACUCACUAUGGAGGACAGACGUCAAAAAAGUACAGAAUGAGACACAUUCCUCAUGCCCGCAUUACAGGUCUGCCUGUGUGUCCAGAGCUAACCAGAGACACCAUUCCCCACUCCAGAGAUGUAGGCCACUUUUUGUCUGUCACUGGUACUGUCAUACGCACCAGCGUUACCAAGGUCCUGGAAUAUGAACGGGACUACGUAUGCACAAAGUGUCGUCAUGUUUUCACUAUGCAGGCGGACUUUGACCAGUUUUAUACAUUUGCCCAACUGACGGCCUGUCCUAAUCCUGAUGGCUGUAACUCAAAAAAAUUCAGCUGUCUGUCUGGAGGCUCUGAACCUGCUACCUGCAGGGACUACCAGGAAAUCAAGAUACAAGAACAAGUACAGAGGCUGUCAGUGGGCAGUAUUCCUCGUUCUGUAAUGGUGGUUCUGGAGGAUGACCUGGUUGAUGGUUGUAAAUCUGGGGAUGAUGUGACUGUCUAUGGGGUGAUGUGCCAGCGCUGGAAACCCUUUUCUGAUGGCACUUGCUGUGAUGUGGAGCUGGUCCUCAAAGCUAACAACAUAGAAGUGAACAACCAGCAGGCUGCUGCUGCUCUGAUCAUGAAGGAUGUUCAGAAAGAAUUUGAAGACUUCUGGAAUAGUUAUAAACAUGAUCCCAUAGCUGGUAGGAACCAGAUCUUGCUGAGCCUGUGCCCACAGGUAUUUGGCAUGUAUUUGGUUAAACUGGCAGUGGCUAUGGUGUUGGCUGGUGGUGUGCAGAGAAUAGAUUCUUCUGGGACCAAAAUCAGGGGCGAGUGUCAUAUGUUGCUGGUUGGUGACCCUGGCACAGGAAAGUCUCAGUUCCUGAAGUAUGCAGCUAAAAUCAUGCCUCGCUCUAUACUCACAGCUGGGAUUGGAUCAACAAGUGCAGGAUUGACAGUAGCAGCAGUAAAAGAUGGAGGUGAUUGGCAUCUGGAAGCAGGAGCCUUGGUCCUGUCAGAUGGUGGUUUGUGCUGCAUUGAUGAAUUCAACAGCAUCAAGGAACAGGACCGCAUCAGCAUCCAUGAAGCUAUGGAGCAGCAAUCUAUUAGUGUGGCCAAAGCUGGUAUGGUGUGUAAGCUGAACACUCGAACUACCAUUCUGGCAGCCACCAACCCUAAAGGACCAUAUGAUCCCAACGAGCCAUUGUCUGUGAAUGUAGCUCUGGCCAGCCCUUUGCUGAGUCGUUUUGACCUUGUUCUAGUUUUGAUGGACACUAGAAACGAAGAGUGGGACCAUAUCAUCUCCUCUUUUAUUCUGGAGGACAGAGGACUGUUUGCUGAAACGCCCAGCUUCUGGACCAUGGAGAAAAUGAAAGCUUAUUUCAGUGUGAUUAAGCACUUGCAACCACAGAUGUCUGAGGAGGCCAACAGCAUCUUGAAACGUUACUAUCAGCUGCAGAGACAGAGUGAUAGCCGCAGCACUGCCCGCACAACUAUUCGCAUGUUGGAGAGUCUAAGCAGACUGGCUGAAGCUCAUGCCAGGCUAAUGUACCGAGAGACUGUGACCAUAGAGGAUGCUGUCAUGGCUGUCUCUGUCAUGGAGUGCUCUAUGCAAGGUGGCGCUCUGCUGGGAAAUGUAAAUGCAUUACUUACCUCAUUCCCUGCUGACCCUAGUAAACAGUAUCAAACUCAGUGUCAAAUACUGCUGAAAGGACUGAACUUGCCACUGCUCCUUCAGAGGGAGAUGGAUAGACUGUACAGGAUAAAAAGCAACACCUUAGAGGCCUCCCCACCAACUAGAGACACUAUUCCCAUCAACAGUGCACACCACCAUGACAUCACCAGUAAUUGCAACGGUGAUGUCUUUGACUUCUACUCCAUCACUCCUUCACUUUUGCCAGGUGGUAUGGCCUUGCCCAUAAUUACAUCAACGCAAGAACCCCUAAAAAGGAAAUCGGAUUCCAGCUGGUCAGAAAUGUCUACAGUAACCAAAGCGCCAAACUGUCAAACUGAAGACAUUCUAUGUAACAGUGGCUCAACCUGUGAUGCCCUUUCAGAUCUUUUUGGAACAGUAAUCUCUGCUUCAGAAGAAGAAAACAAAAAAAAACAGAAAAAUGAAAACAUUGAAGAACAGUGCUCUAUAACCCGAGAAGAGCAAGCUAAGAGACAUACGGAUGAAAAAUAUUCAGAGUCAUUUGGGUGUGUGUUUCAGAAAGUCUCAAAGAAUAUGAGAGACCAAAGACUCAGGGAGCUGGAGGUAAAUCAUCAGCAGUGUAACAGAGAGGGAGGAGAAGGACAAGGAAACCAGGUGGUGUCUGUAAACAGUGCGAGAAAAAAUGUGACUGAUGUUUUAGAUACACCUUCAGAAUCCCUCAUUAGCAGCACACAGUCAUUCGUUAAGAGCUGGGACCAGAUUUGGACAAAGAAUAAUAGUGUUGUACUACAGGAAAAGGUAGUAGCUGAAGCUGAAACAAGAAAAAAAAUGCAUGCAAAGUUGCCAAGCUUUGUUUUCAGACCAAGAAAGAUUACAUCAUCAGUCCACAAAUGUGACCUUAAUGUUAUUGCAGAGUUCCAAAAUCAGUGUAAUUCAGGAAACAGAGAUUUUCACACCAACAUAGAAAGCGGAGUAAGUAAACAGAAGCCUGUAAGUGAUGAUAAUUCAGCAAGCCCACAUACAGACACAGAGAAGAACAAGAGACAGAACCAGAACCAAAUUCUUUCUGAAGAUAGAAGAAAGCAGAUGAGCUGUGCUAGUGACGUGCAAGACAGCGGGUCUGAAGCUAGUCUUCAUUUUACAUCAGAAGAGCUGGGAAAGGAUAUAUUUUCCUUGGGAAAGGAUGAAGUGGCACGAGUAAAAUCUCUAGAUAGAAUAAAGGGUAGAGGCGAUACAGAAAAUCUGUGUCAUCAACAAAGAACUGGAGUCAAUGCCAUUGAUGAGACCAAAGUAGAUAGCUUUACUUGUGUCCCAUCUUUAAAACCAAGCACUUACAUCUGUGGUGCGGAACCAUCCGAAUCAGGCCACACCAAGCCUGCUGUGGCCUACUCCACCCUUGCUAAACUUUCAAGAUUCUCAUUUAUCUGUCCAACUGAAUCCACAACCACAGCUCGAAUGAAAGUGGAAAAAAGUCCACUUAGAAGAGCCUGUGCUGAAUGGUCAAGAGGAAAUGGGAAAAACGAGAAAACUCUAAGAACGAAGAUAAUUUAUGACAAAAUAAAUGACAUAUUACCCCCGCCAGCCACUGAGCUCACAGCAGAACAAAAACAUGAACAAGGGACAGAGUCACCAACUAAAACAACAUCUAAGACCAAGUGCAUAGAAAAGCAGAUAGAGCCUGCUCAUUCUGCAAAACAUAGUAACAAUUUUAAAGUAGUGAAUGAUGGUCCUGUUGUCUGUCAAAACACUGUCACUCUGAAGAAGAGAAAGCAUCUUGAGCUGGGACUUCCACCAAGUAGUGUUGAUAGUUCUAGGGGUCUUUUUUCAGGAUUGUCUUUGUUUGGCUCAGUUGACUUAGCCAGUGAUGUUCUUGACACCGACUGGGACCGAGAGGUUGCAAAGAAAGCCAACGUCUGAAAUGUGUGCAUAUGGAUCAGUAAAGUACUUCACAUCAUUUUUUUCUCUGGGGUACGUCAGUUGAUUUCUUUGCUGGGAAUAAAUGUUAACUCAUUGGAGAAGUUCA